AUGACGACACCAAAGAAUGUCUCCGAACAACAAUUAACGGCCUUCUUCCAACGUAUUGAUGUGGACAAUAAUGGUACUUUAACCCCAAAAGAACUUCAACGCGUAUUAUUAAACGGAGAUUGGUCGGCAUUUAAUUUAGAUACGAUAGAGUUACUUUUUUCAUUAUUCGAUAGUGAUAGAACUGGUACUAUACAUUUUAAUGAAUUUGUAGGUUUGUGGCGUUAUAUUGAAGAUUGGAAGCGUAUCUUCUCAGCUUUUGAUGCGGAUAACAGUGGUACUAUUGAAAUUCCCGAAUUGAUAACGGCCAUGAAAAACUUUGGUUUUAAUAUUAGUGAACAAAUGUUAAAAAAAUUUGUUAGAAAAUAUAAAGUUUCUCAUAACACUCAAGGCAGAACGUUAAUGUCAAGUGAAUUAGAACAUGCCAUCUCCUUUGAUAAUUUCGUUCAAUUAUGCGUUACCGUUAAAACAAUGACUGACGUUUUUCGUGCUUUGGAUCAAAAUGGUUCCGAAAGGUGGGAAAUGAGAAUCGAAAGGAAGUCUCUUGUAUUUCAUUUAUUGAGAAUUUGA